AUGGUUAUCAAAUUUUCACGCGGUCCUAGAAGAUGGCAUGUGCGACCAGUUUUUAAAGAACGAUGUAUCUUUAGUCAGUACAACACAUUCAUAAGAGAACAAAGUCUAGUUCACUCUUCUUUGUAUUUUAAUUUUACUCGGAUGUCUCCCACAACUUUCGAGGAACUUGCCCAAUUGGUCGCUCCAAGAUUGAUGCGUGAAAGUUUUAGGCAUGACGUUCUAACAGUUGGUGAAAUUCUAGGGGCUACGUUAAGAUAUUUAGCUACAGGCGAAAGUAUGAUGGAUAUCACGUAUGCUUUUCGAAUGGGCAAAUCGACAGUGUCUAAAAUAAUUGUACAAUGUUGUAAUGCAAUAUGGGACAUAUUAAAAGAUAAAGUAUUAAUUCAACAAAACACUUAUGGAUGGUUAACAAUUUCAAAUGAAUUUGAAAGUAAAUGGCAAAUGCCCAAUUGCGUCGGUGCUUUAGACGGCAAACAUAUCAUACAUCAAGCAUUUCCUAAUGGAGGCUCAACCAAUUAUAAUUACAAAGGAACCCAUAGCACCAUCCUAUUGGCAUUAUGUGAUGCCAACUAUAAUUUCACAUAUGUGAAUAUCGGCAUGCCUGGUAGAUGCAGCGAUGGUGGUGUUCUAAAAUCCUGUGAAUUAGGCAAACAAAUUUUAAGCAAUGGUUUAGGAUUUCCUGAGGCUUCUCCAAUAAGUGAGACUUCAGGAAACAUACCUUAUUUUAUAGUUGCUGAUGAAGCUUUCCCCCUACUAACAUCAAUGAUGAGACCAUACCCUGGUCGAGGAAAACAAAUAUUACCAAUUAACAAAAAAAUAUUUAACUACAGACUUAGUAGAGCCAGAAGAUGUAUCGAAAAUUGUUUUGGGAUAUUAGCAUCUAGGUGGAGAGUAUAUAGACAAACUAUAAUUGCUAGCGAAGAGACCGUUAACGCCAUAAUUAAAGCUACAGUUGUACUUCAUAACUUUGUAAAGAAUAAGGAGACAGAAUAUGGAUUAUUAUCUCAUAACUAUUCAGUUAAUGAUGAAGUUAUUAGUCACCAAAGAACAAGUAGAGUUCCAGGUUUAAUGCCUGUUUCGCAAAUGGGUUCCAAUUUUUAUGAUCAAAGUGCAAAAGAUAUUAGAACUAAAUUAACUGAGUAUUUCUCAAACGAAGGAGCUGUGCCUUUCCAAUACAACUAUGUGUAA